AAUGAUUUGUGGGAAUUGUGCGUACUACGUCAGCAUAAAUGAAGUAAAUUGACAAGGUCAUGGCCAGUGGUAUAUAAGCACUGAAAUGUAUACUAGUGUUUAUUUACUUGAAGUCAUAGUGUUGUGCACGUUAGGAAUUGUUAAAACGAUUAAAUGAUGUUGCAAAGUACUCCUACUGCGUCUACUUCAAGAAAUAUAUCAUCUUUAUUGUGUGAUGUAACAGCUAUAUUCCAAAGGAUAAUGUUGUGUUGUAUAUUUUAUACAUGGACACAAUUUAAGGAAGCUUUAGACACAUUUAUGAAGGUACUAACUAAGUUGUUCUUUAUUUCUUUGAAAGGAAUCCAAUACAUCCUAUCGUGUUGAUUCAAGUAAAAAAGAUCCAUCCGGUGCUGAUGACUACAAGUUUGUUAAGUUUAAAUGCACUUUUGGAAGUCAUCGUGCUCCCCGAGGUGCUGGCUUUAGGAACAGAGGGUUCAAAAGUACAUCAUGUCAGUCAAUAAUUCUAGUCCAGCGGAAAUCCAACGUAUACAUGAUAACCAAGUACAAAACUGUGCAUAACCAUCCCUGCACAGCAAGUUUUAUGUCCACCGAUGUAUCUAGACGUCGGUUAUCAUCACAAGAAAUGGCAAUUAUCCAACCGUUCAUUGAAAGGAAUACUGAUGUCCAUGAAAUCAUGGAUCUAGCACAUGAGAAGUUCGGAAAAGCGCUCCUGUAUAACGAUAUUAAAAACAUGCGGGCUAAGAUAAAUAAACAAAUUGGUUGUUUGGAAGAGCUGCUUCAUCGACUGAGGCAGACAGGUCCAGUUAAAGUUUUGCAGGACAACGCAGGCUUUGUAUCUAAAAUCAUUUUUGCUCGUAAUGAUAUGAUAGACGUGUAUCAUAAGUUUCCAGAAGUAGUUGGAAUCGAUUGUACUUACAAAACGAAUAAGAUGGGAUGGCCUUUAUAUCAGUUUGUUGUGACUGAUGGAUUCGGAAGAGGAAGGACUGUUUUGUUUGCUCUUACUAGGAGAGAAACGUUUGCAGAUAUCAAGGAGAUAUUGCAAACGUUUAAGAGAUUUAUGGUGGAUACAUCGAAAACAUUAACAUUCACUGUCGACUGUGCAACUGCACAGAUGAAAGCCCUAAAGGAGGAAUUCCCUAGUUGCAAUAUUGUUUUGUGUCUUUUCCAUGUAUGCCAGGCAUUCAGAAGGAAGGGAAAACAGUUCCCAAACCAGCUUGUUAAAAAGUGGUUGUAUCGAAUGGCGCACACGCGCAGUUAUGACAGGUUUUGGCGUUACCUAAACCUCAUAAGUAUUGUAGACGCUGAGGCUGGUGCUUACAUUAGAAGGUACUGGCUAAGAACACGCAAAUAUUGGGCUGCAUCGUGCAACAGGUUCACCAUCAGCAUGGGGAACAAUACUAACAACAGAGUUGAGAAUGCUCAUAGGCAGUUGAAAAGAUAUCUACGUAAAGGUGAUCCUAUGGAACUGACGCUAUGGAAAAUAUGGAGGUGGAUCGACCACACAACCAUGCGUAAAAUACGUCAGGGCCAGUGGAUGCUUGCUAAAUACUACAAUUACGAUGUACCUAAUUCCCUGAAGUCUCAUUUACGGAGUCUCACACCGUUUGCUGCCCAGAAAGUUGUGUUAGAUUUACAAAGGCGUUCCUUCUUCUUCCAUUCAAUAUCUUCUACCUCAGUUGUUUACGCAGAAGGUGGUCACAUAUUCUUCGUAAACAGGAACGAGGCGAAAUGCACAUGUUGGACAUACUGCGCAUACAAUUUGCCUUGUGCACAUGUCGUUGAGGCGUUCUUGAACUCAUAUCUAAAUUGUGAUAUUCUGAGGAAUAGUGAGAGGUGGACACGUGUAUAUAACACAACGGACAACAUUCCGAGGGCCAUCCGGUUAAUACCGGAACCAAACAACGCGUUUCGAAAUGCUUAUGAACGUUUAAGAUAUCGUCUCAACAGUCUGAACCGAAGAAAUCCGGAUGCUGCACUGCGGGAAAUAGCGGAGUUUACCAGAAGGUUGGACAGUUUGCUAGCAAAUGAACCGCAAACAACUUUAAGAUUACGACGUGCCCCUGUUAAUCGAUUAUUUUUGUGAAAAUAUUUGUAUUACCUUUUUAUUUCCAUUUGUAUUCAGAAUAUAAACAUGUAUGUAUAAACUGCAGUUACACUUCCUUUCCUUUCAAAAGGCUAAGACCGACAGUUUAAAGAAUACUUUGGUUGAUUGUUUCGUUAAGAGAGCGCUUUGAAAGUCACUUAGAAAUUAAAACGAUCUGUGCCUUAUUUACUACGUUUUUCAGCCGAGCAUUUGCGGUUCAUAGCAUAUUCUGAAUAACGGUGAUUAAUACGAUUUAUCACCACCAAGCCUACUAUAUUCAUAAACUUAUUCUAACCUAUUCAUCGAUAAGGCCUUUUUAUGGUAACUGAAGCUCUUAUUUACCCACCAUUUUCUCAAAUAACGCUGGUCAUGCUUACAAUGAUACCUAGGUGCUGAAUUGAGUCUUUUAGUUCUGAAAUAACGCUAGUCCAAGCUAAUUUGUCCUGUGAGGGAUGGAACAGAGCGGAUAAGCAAACCCAGUCGGUUCCAUUUACUUUCAAUCAUGAUAAGAAAC